AUGUCGAAGAACAUUGAGUUCGUCGGUGCCAUCGACCAGGGCACCACCAGCUCUCGUUUCCUCAUCUUCAACCCCAAGGGUGAGGUUGUCGCGACGCACCAGCUCGAGUUCAAGCAGCUGUACCCUCAGCCUGGUUGGCACGAGCAUGACCCUGAGGAGCUCAUCUCCUCCGUUGAGACGUGCAUUGACGGCGCCGUCAAGGCCUUUGAGACCCAGGGCCACUCCAAGAGCCAGAUCAAGGCCGUCGGCAUCACCAACCAGCGCGAGACGACCGUCGUCUGGGACAAGAACACGGGCAAGGCCCUCUACAAUGCCAUUGUCUGGACCGAUACCCGUGCCCAGGAGCUCGUCCGCCGUCUCAAGCACCGCCUCGGCGCCGGUGAGCUCACCAAGCGCUGUGGUCUGCCUCUCUCCACAUACCCCUCCGUCAGCAAGCUGCUGUGGUUGAUCGAGAACGUCAAGGAGGUCAAGGCCGCCUACGAUGCCGGCAACCUGGCCUUCGGCACCGUCGACGCCUGGCUCGUCUACAAGCUCAACGGCGGCCCCGCCCGCAACAUUCACGUGUCCGAUGUCACCAACUCGUCGCGUACCAUGUUCAUGAACAUCGAGACCCGUGCCUACGACGACGAGCUCAUUGACUGGUUCCGUGUCGACCGCAACAAGGUCCAGCUGCCCACCAUUGUCCGCUCUGCCGACAGCGACGUCUAUGGCUCCCUGGCCAGCACCUCGCUCAAGGGCACCAAGAUUGCCGGUGUUCUAGGUGACCAGUCCGCUGCCCUCGUCGGUCAGAAGGGCUUCUUCCCCGGCCUCGCCAAGAACACCUACGGCACCGGCUGUUUCCUCCUCUACAACGUUGGCGACAAGCCCGUCAUCUCCUCCCACGGCCUCAUGACCACGAUUGCCUUCGAUUUCGGUGACAAGGGCGGUUGCGCUUACGCCCUCGAGGGCAGUAUUGCCGUGGCUGGUUCCAGUGUCAAGUUCCUCGUCGACAACCUCGGCUUCAUUGAGGAGUCCUCCAAGCUCAGCGCCCUGGCCGAGACGGUCGAGGACAACGGCGGCUGCACCUUCGUCACGGCCUUCAGCGGCCUCUUUGCCCCCUACUGGAUCGACGAUGCCCGUGGCACCAUCUUCGGCAUCACCGCCUACACCAAGCGCGGCCACAUUGCCCGCGCCACUCUGGAGGCUACCUGUUUCCAGACCAAGGCCAUUCUCGACUCCAUGGAGAAGGACAGUGGCGCCGCUCUGACCGAGCUUGCCGUCGAUGGUGGCAUGUGCAACUCGGACCUCAUCAUGCAGACCCAGUCCGACUUGAUCGGCAUGCCCGUCAACCGUCCCGCCAUGCGCGAGACAACUGCCUUUGGCGCCGCCAUCGCUGCCGGUCUCGCCGUCGGUGUGUGGGACUCGUUUGACGACCUCAAGAACACCAACACGGAGGGCCGCACCAUCUUCAAGCCUCAGAUCAACGACGAUGAGUCGGCCAAGCGCUUCAAGAAGUGGGAGAAGGCCGUGCAGAUGAGCGCCGGCUGGGCCAAUGAGUAA